AUGGGCGUCUCAAUGACCUCAUCACCUUACUCUGCACCUGCUCCCUCAGUAUACGAUGAUAACCUCAGCUCCGGCAGUGGUGCAGUCCCCAGCCCUCGUGGCUCCCCCUUCCCUUCUGGCGACUACAGUCCCAUCCCCGACUACGGACAGCAAUAUGUUCCCCUCCCUACCAACUGCGAGUCAUGGGCCAACACUGUUCCCUGCCCUGUUCCCUCCAACGUCUCAAGCCCCUCAUCAUCUGCCGACGACUACAGCGCCGGCUACAUCCCCACGAGCGUGCCUACCUCGCUGAUGCCCUCAAACAACACCAGCUCAUCGAGCCUCGGCGCCGUUGGCCACAGCCACAAGGACGUCAUCAAGAUGGAGUAUGAGGAUGUUGAAUCUCACGGUACGAUUCCCCAGCAGCGCCUAAGCUACGCAAUGCUCUAUAAGCAGAAAACUAAUCACACUCAGUGUCUAGACGCCGGAUACCGCCUCAGCAACCCUUCAAUGCAGCCCGUUUCCCCCCACACUUACAUGGCUCAGCAGCAGCAGUCCGCCUGGAACAUGUAUCCCGUCUACUACCCCCAGGCUCAGUCCUCGGUCCACUGA